AUGUCAACAGACCAGAAACCACAGACCGAAACCACAGACCCAGAAACCACAGACCAGAGACAACAGACCAGAAACCACAGACCAGAAACCACAGACCAGAAACCACAGACCAGAAACCACAGACCAGAAACCACAGACCCAGAAACCACAGACCAGACACCACAGACCAGAGACAACAGACCAGAAACCACAGACCCAGAAACCACAGACCAGAAACCACAGACCAGACACCACAGACCAGAGACAACAGACCAGAAACCACAGACCAGAAACCACAGACCAGAAACCACAGACCAGACACCACAGACCGACACAGACCAGAAACCACAGACCAGAAACCACAGACCAGAAACCACAGACCAGACACCACAGACCAGAAACCACAGACCAGAAACCACAGACCAGACACCACAGACCAGAGACAACAGACCAGAAACCACAGACCAGAAACCACAGACCAGACACCACAGACCAGAGACAACAGACCAGAAACCACAGACCAGAAACCACAGACCAGAAACCACAGACCAGAAACCACAGACCAGAAACCACAGACCAGACACCACAGACCAGAAACCACAGACCAGAAACCACAGACCAGAAACCACAGACCAGACACCACAGACCAGAAACCACAGACCAGAAACCACAGACCAGAAACCACAGACCAGACACCACAGACCAGACACCACAGACCAGAAACCACAGACCAGAAACCACAGACCAGAACACCACAGACCAGACACCACACAGACCAGAAACCACAGACCAGAACAGACAACAGACCAGAAACCACAGACCAGACACCACAGACCAGAAACCAGACCAGACCACAGACACCACAGACCAGAGACCAGACAGACCAGAAACCACAGACCAGAAACCACAGACCAGACAGACCACAGACCAGACACCACAGACCAGACAGACCACAGACCAGACCACAGACCAGACACCACAGACCAGAAACCACAGACCAGAAACCACAGACCAGAAACCACAGACCAGAAACCACAGACCAGAAACCACAGACCAGAAACCACAGACCAGAAACCACAGACCAGAGACAACAGACCAGACACCACAGACCAGAAACCACAGACCAGAAACCACAGACCAGACACCACAGACCAGAAACCACAGACCAGACACCAGAGACCACAGACCAGAAACCACAGACCAGAAACCACAGACCAGAAACCACAGACCAGACACCACAGACCAGAAACCACAGACCAGAGACAACAGACCAGACACCACAGACCAGAAACCACAGACCAGAAACCACAGACCAGACACCACAGACCAGAAACCACAGACCAGACACCACAGACCAGAAACCACAGACCAGAAACCACAGACCAGAAACCACAGACCAGACACCACAGACCAGAAACCACAGACCAGACACCACAGACCAGAAACCACAGACCAGACACCACAGACCAGAAACCACAGACCAGACACAACAGACCAGACACCACAGACCAGAAACCACAGACCAGACACCACAGACCAGAAACCACAGACCAGAAACCACAGACCAGAAACCACAGACCAGAACACAGACCAGAGACACAGACCAGACACAGACACCACAGACCAGAAACCACAGACCAGACACCACAGACCAGACACCACAGACCAGACACCACAGACCAGAAACCACAGACCAGAAACCACAGACCAGACACCACAGACCAGACACCACAGACCAGAAACCACAGACCAGACACCACAGACCAGAGACAACAGACCAGAAACCACAGACCAGAAACCACAGACCAGACACCACAGACCAGAGACAACAGACCAGACACCACAGACCAGAAACCACAGACCAGACACCACAGACCAGACACCACAGACCAGACACCACAGACCAGAAACCACAGACCAGAAACCACAGACUGA